AUGGGCUCGAGUCCAGGCUCCGGCUCAGGCACAAGCUCGGGCCAGCCCGUCCAACCACCCACCAAGCCGUGCCACAACUGCCGCCGCCAGCGGCUCCGAUGUGAUCGCUCGUACCCACACUGCAACAAGUGUGCCGCUGCCGGCAAGGAGUGUCUCGGAUACGGCAAGCUGUUUCGCUGGACGGGGGCCAUCGCCAGCCGCGGGAAGCUCGCCGGCCGGACCUCGAGCGCGCCGCUGGAGGCCGGGGCGGCAGAAGAGGCUGAGGCCGAGGCCGGAUCCGGAUCCGAGGGCAACGACGUGAAAGACGCAGCGACCUCGCCCAGCCUACUGCCCUUCAGGAGAGCGUCGUCGGCAGUCUCAGUGGCUUCAUCGUCGCCAGGGUCGCCGACAUGGCCAGUAUCUCCCCGAAGGCCUGCCACUGCCUUGGCCUUGAACCGUCCCUUUGUCCCGGCGUCACCCACGGGGUUUCUCUCCCAUCCCGCAUCUCAUAUCGCGAACCGGAGCAUUUCUCGAACGCCAGUCGAUCCCUUGUUUCAGGAUCUUAACCCGUCUCAUCGUUUCUAUCUUGACUACUUCACAAACCGCGUAUGCAAAGACCUCGUCUCCAACGAUAUGCUAGGAUUCAAUCCGUUUCGUAGCCUCAUACCGCUUACUGGUGCUCAUCCGCUGCUGCAGCACAUCAUUGUCGCAGCCUCGGCGGCUCAUAUGUCGAAUCUAAUCAGCAUGGGUCUGCCCUUUCCAGAUGACGGCGGAUUCAUCCCCAGGAACCGCCCCGCGGCCUCGGCCAAGGCACUCAAUGAUGCCUUGGUUGCCAAACACACGGCGUUGAAGCUCAUGUCCGCCGCCAUCCAGAAUCUUCAUGCCGUUAAUGGUGACGUUGUGCUUGCAGCGUCGCUCUUCUUUAUUAACGUGGAGUUGAUUGAAUCUGGGAAGCACGGCUGGAGGGCACAUCUUGAAGGUGCUGCCAAGAUCAUGUCCUCCUUGCAGCUUACCCAGGCUUGGGAUAGCUCAUUGCGAGACUACCUGCUCUCUGAUUGCUUCAUUUACUUUAUUCUCGCCUCAGCAUUCAUGCCCGCACGGUAUGCCACGUCGCUCCAAUUUGAGUCUUCCCAGAUCCCUUUUGUGCUCGGAAAGACGGUGGCGAAUAGCUAUCUGUGCUGCCCACCGGAGCUGAUGGAAAUCCUACACGCUGCUUCCCAACUUUCAAGCGAGUUAGCUCAUGACCAGCCCAGCGAAGAGACAACCACGGCUGCGAUCACACUCAUCAACCGUGCCCAAGCUUACGACAUCUAUACAUGGGCGCGCGACACAUCAGGAGUACUCGAUCUGCCAAAAGAUGUGAUGAAAAGCCGCAUGCACGCGGGAGCCAGCCACCGCUUGGCUGCGUGCAUAUAUAUCUUACAGGCAAUUCCGUCGGCUGGUGAGAGGCUUGGCCCAGCAUUUGCCGCCUUUUUGGCGGACGACUUGAUGGCGCAUCUGAACAUGAUGCCCGUGGAAGACCCUAACUUCAAGGCAACCACAUGGCCAACGUUCAUCAUAGGCGCCGAGACGAGGGAGCCGGAGCGACAAAAGUUUGUCAUGGAAAGACUACGAAUAAUGACUACCGUAUGUCCAUGGGGCUUCAUCCAUACUGCCAUGGAAACGCUCCAAGUUAUCUGGAACCUACCAGAUGAGGAGAGGGGGUCCAAGACUUGGGUACAGAUGCUCAAGGACCCGGAGAUGAACUUUCUGAUUGUCUGA